AUGAACAACCCCACCUUACAAGUGGCCAUACAAGUCACCAUACAAGUCGCCAUACAAGUCGCCAUACAAGACGCCAUACAAGUCCCCUUACAAGUCCCCUUACAAGUCGUCAUACAAGUCGCCAUACAAGUUGCCACAAUAGUCGCCACAUAUAAGUCAUCAUAUAAGUCGCCAUUCAAGUCGCCAUACAAGACACCAUACAAGUCCCCUUACAAGUCACCUUACAAGUCGCCAUACAAGUCGCCAAACAAGUCGCCAUACAAGUCGCCAUACAAGUCACCUUACAAGUCACCUUACAAGUCACCUUACAAGUCGCCAUACAAGUCGCCAAACAAGUCGCCAUACAAGUCGCCAUACAAGUCCCCUUACAAGUCACCUUACAAGUCGCCAUACAAGUCGCCAAACAAGUCGCCAUACAAGUCGCCAUACAAGUCACCUUACAAGUCACCUUACAAGUCGCCAUACAAGUCGCCAAACAAGUCGCCAUACAAGUCGCCAUACAAGUUGCCAUACAAGUCCCCUUACAAGUCGCCAUACAAGUCGCCAUACAAGUCGCCAUACAAGUCGCCAUACAAGUCACCUUACAAGUCGCCAUACAAGUCGCCAUACAAGUCGCCAUACAAGUCGCCAUACAAGUCGUCAUACAAGUCGCCAUACAAGUCGCCAUACAAGUCCCCUUACAAGUCCCCUUACACGUCGUCAUACAAGUCGCCAUACAAGUCGCCAUACAAGUCGCCAUACAAGUCACCAGACAAGUCGCCAGACAAGUCGCCAGACAAGUCGCCAUACAAGUCACCUUACAAGUCGCCAUACAAGUCACCUUACAAGUCGCCAUACAAGUCGCCAUACAAGUCACCUUACAAGUCGCCAUAUAAAGUCACUCCAUGA